UGGUCGUAUUCAGGCGUGCACGUCAAAAGCUUGACAGCAUAAUGCGCGUACUCGUGCUCACAGGGAUACGUGUUUACUUUCCUCUCCACCCUUGAAUUGAGAGAGGGGACCAAAAGGAUGAAAUAGAGGUGAGAGAGAAAGAGGAGAUAUCCGCGUAGAAGAACAGCAACGUGGUGGAGAUUAUCGGAGCCGGCAAUAGUGAUAAAGGAAAGUGUUCAACCUUCAUCUCCGCAGCAACGGUCGAAUUUGAAGUAUCAUCAAGGUCAGCUCUCCGCCAGAGGUCCGCUACGGUACUCGUCAUAAGAAACUAGGUAGCGUGGAGACCACAGACCGCCGGUGAGGAUGGAGCAGGCGUACGGAGCAGGCAAGGCUGGCGGAGCUUUUGACCCUCUGACGUUCUUUCAGCAGCCCCAAACAAUUGUUCGACUAGUAUGUUGGCUUUUCUCCAUAGUAAUCUUUGGCUGCAUUGCUAAUGAGGGCUAUGUCAACCGGCCAGACGAGAUCGAUGAGUACUGCAUCUUCAACCGCAACCAGAACGCCUGUAACUAUGGCGUUGGCAUGGGAACGCUGACGUUCCUCUGCAGCGCCGCCUUCCUGGCGCUGGACGUGUACUUCCCCCAGAUCACCAGCGUCAAGGACCGCAAGAAGGCUGUGCUGGCCGAUAUCGGCGUCUCAGCAUUCUGGUCCUUCAUGUGGUUCGUGGGCUUCUGUUUACUUGCCAACCAAUGGCAGGUGUCUAAAGAGGAGGACAACCCGCUGAAGGAGGGAGCAGAUGCAGCGCGGGCAUCCGUCACCUUCGCCUUCUUCUCCAUCUUCACCUGGGCUGUUCAAGCCUUCCUGGCAUUCCAGAAGUACAGGCUGGGGGCCGACUCAGCUCUCUUCUCCCAGGAAUACGCCGACCCCAGCCAGGAUCCCAACGCAGUGGCGCCCCCCGCUGGCAGUGGCGAGUACACCGGCUACACCGCCGAAACGGAGGCCCCGGCCGACGUGGACGCCGGCUACGACGGCUCCGGCGGCUACCAGAGCCAAGACUACUGAGCGCAGUUUGCAUCGCGUCUCGUGUAGGCUGGCAGGAGGCCGGCGGUGUUAUUGUAUAUCACUCUGUGUGGAUGAGUGGGGGACCUCUGGGCUAGGUUAUCAGGGAAUUUGUUGUGGCUGUGUUGCGAUGCUAGCUGUGGGGUGGGCUUGUGUUGUGUUGUCUCAGAUUGGCUAACAGCUAGCUACUGGGUGUGGGGAUCUGGGUCAUCUAUGGGGAUCUGGGUUUGGAUAUAAUGUCAGCGCUUUGGGUGGUGUUUGGGAUCUUUGUGAUGGAUGGGUUCAAAUGUGCCAGUCGUGUUGUUAAAUUUGGAUUGAGGACCUGGCAUAUUUAUUUUCAUGGGCAGGAAGUAGACUUACGCUAGUGUUUUCAGGAGCUGAUCUGGAUGUUAAUGAGCUUGAGAUUGAUCAGGAGUGAUUUGGCGAGUAGGCCUUGUCAGAGAUCACUUUGUGUUUAUCUGUACCAGCUUGCCUUCAACUUAAAGGUUAUGGGAGGAUUUUACAGUUUCCUGCUCACUUUUAGGACACUAUUCAGUGAGCGGUUUCAAAGGGUGAAAAAUCAAAGCCAAGAUUCCUUCAUGAGAUGUUACACACAAACGCUUGUUCUGAAAAUGCUUAAUUUUUACCCGAGAUACUUGACCCUUGGUGUUUUCGUGUGGUACAAGGGAUGACUGAUUGCCUGACUCUGUAGCGGUGACUUGUAACCAGGCCAGUUGAAUGCUACAGAGGACCGCUGUGUCUUUGGCCUCCUCUUAUUACAGAACCAUAGAGGCGUGUGAUUUUUUUAAGUAUUCACUGAUGGCUUCUUAUAAUCUACUAAGCUUUCAGACAGUUACAGCUUUCAUACCUGCCAGAGCACCAGAGAAGAUUAGGCAUCUCCCUUUAAUUAAAUGGCACAGCAGAAAAACGUUUUCAACGCUACAGUGUUACAGUGGCUCUUUGGCUUGUCCCAAUAAAACACCCCAUAAAGGCUCACAUUACGACCAUACAUUACUGAGCUAUGUGCUAUCUACAAUCUUUCUGGGUUCUUCAGACAAUUUGGGAACUGUCAAAGGUUCUAGAUAGCACCCUAAAUGAGUUUGACCUCUUAAAAACCUGUAAAGGUCUUUCUAAAGGAAUAAGUUAAGUAGCUAAGUAUACAGCUGGUAUAAAACGAUCUAAAUAUUCUUUUUGUCACAGCCUCACACUGGUCAGGUUAGACAUAAUGAGCUUGAUAACGCCUAUAUCUCAGAGUAGCCUGACCCAUUGAUUUAUUUGACUGAAACACCACUGGCACAAACAUGCCUUUGCUCUGUCCACUCUGUCAGGCCAGAUACACCUCGAUAGCCAGAGCCAUAUGUUCAAUCAAGAGUGGAAGAAUGUUUAGAUUUUAAUGAGAGAUUUAAGGCACAGUGAUGCUGGAAUUAUAUUUAACCCAGUGAUCAAACAAGCCUUUUCUGUGUUAACAUUCCAUCACAACCAACAACGUGUCACCAUUUAGCUGACAGACAUUCAGGACAACAGACAUAUCCAUAGAAAUAAAAAGGCCACUUGUAGCAUCACAGUAAUACUUGUAUACCAGCAAAACAUCUCCAGCCAACCCUUGUGAAUUCUUCUCUCCCUGUAUUUCUGUGAAACAAAUAACACAAUGCAUUUUAUUUUUUUAAAGCGCUUGUGCAUAAGUGCAACAAAAUUAUACUCAAUGUUUAAAGAAUACUCAAUGUUUUUUGUUUUUCAAAACUUUAUAUAUAUUUGAAAUCUCUAUAUAUAUACAUAUAUGAAUAUAAAUAUAUAAACAUAUAGUGUAAAUGCACAAUAUUAUUUUACAGCAGAAUAUAUGUAAUUUUAAACUAUAUCUACUUAUAUCAGAUAGUGCAUUUUUAAAAAUGAACAAAACCAUUAAUGUAAAAUAAAUAAACUAUGUUAAUUUAACCCAUUCAUGAGCUAGUGUGUUUCUCAAUGUUGUUAUGUAUUUUAAAUGUAAUAGUGUUUAGAAAAAACUAUAUUGCAGAAAACAAUUGACUUUGGUAUGGAUCCUGCCAUGAUAUAGCAGAAAUCAGCUGGAUUUGAGCUAAAUCAGACUUAAAUCUGUUCCUUUGUCAGCUGCAACCUGCUGUUUUUUCAGCUGUGUGUACAAUGUGAUGUGUUUUCUGAAAUGGAAAACCUUUUGUUGUCUUCACUGGCUUUAUUGAUUUUUAAAAAGGGUACUUUGGAACAAAUAUGAACAAAGAAAAUUCAUCAUAGUCUAUACUGUCAGAUUGUGUGAUACAUGUGUGCAACUAUGGAGUUGGGAGAAAUAGUGUCAAUGCUUUCGAUGUAAUGAAUGUUGAUUAAAUUAAUCAGUUAAUUACUUAAGGCUAAAUGUAUUUAUUAAUUUCCUAUAUGUUGCUUGUUUUAGACCUGAAAUAAAUGUAUCUGGAUUUGUGUUGGAAGGUCAAUAAACGGAGCUUAGUAUAUUUCA